AUGGAUAGUUCAGGUACAAAGGGCCCUUUUCUCUCUUUUGAUAGCCCAAAGUCGCAAAGGCAACAUCCCAGCCACAAAAAAGGCUCCAGCCAUAAGAAGAACAGUAGCCCUGCUGAUCCAGACAGCUCGUCUUCAGAAUCGCCAGCGAUUGCAGAAGUUAGGCGUGAUUUUGAUGAAGCUCUUCGUCGAGCCGUUCCAUCGAGGGGACGCAAACGGGGCCUUGACGAGGAAACAGAGCUAGAUAGCCAGGCUGCACAUCUUAUCGAUCGCAUGCAAACGGCUGCUUCGCAAGACUCUUAUUGCAUUUCAAACCAAAAGGUGGCUACACAAAAAAUUUCAAUUCUGCCUGAAGUGUUGGAAAAGCUAUCAAGGUUUUAUCGUUUAUUGAUUUCCAAUCAUAGGCGUGACCUGAUCGAUUAUCUUUUGGACAAUCGGAUUUUGGAUGCAAUAAGGCUGUGGCUUGAGCCAUAUCCGGAUGGGUCCUUACCAAGUAUCGAUGUUCGGAAAAGCAUUUUGCACAUCCUCGCGCAACUGCCUAUAGAAAAAAUCCAUUUGAAAGAAAGUGGCCUGGGAAAGGUUGUCAUGUAUCUUUACAAAUCGCCAGACGAGACCAGGGAGAACAAGAAGCUUGCAUAUAAGCUCAUUGAUAAAUGGAGUCGGCCUAUAAUAGGACAUUCUCUGAACUACAAGGAUCUAUCAAGGGUCAUGAGCGCGCCUUCUCAAAGAGACUUGUCGGACUCUCGCCUUCAUUUUAUUGUUCCGCAAUCUAAGGAGAUUGACCAGUCCGGAGCAUAUUCAAAGCAGUCCCACCCGUAUAAAAGCCUGUUGGUUAACAUGGAAAAGCUGAAGCAAAAGACAUCCAGGAAAUAA